UAGGUGUAUUUGGGCAGGAUUUAUGUCGUUGGGUAUCCCUGAGAUUGAGAGAUUUCCUGUGUGGACUUUUGUAGGGAAUGCCUAUUUGUCUGAAGACUGGACAAAAAGAUCUCCAUUGUGUACAUUCUUUGGCUAUGAAAGUGUUGUGCAGUCAAACAUGCAAGUAUUUUUCAUAUACGAAAUGUCCUAUGGCAAAGCAGAAGAUGAUGAUCCAAAGAAUUCCAUAGUGUUUUUCCAUCCAGAAAAGGUGCCAGAUAACCAACGUUGUAUCCUAUCUUGUCAGUUGGUGGGUACUGUCCAGUUCUUUAAAUGUUGUUUGAUGACUCCAAAGGUAAUCCAUCUUGAGAAAGGUAAAUUUGCAGUCCAUACAAGUGAACAAUUUAUGGUGGCACUAGGUGGCAGUACAGACAUGCCAGAAUCUAUUUUAAAGGGUCAGUUGCACCACAUUAUGUUGAUGUUUCAGUUCUUUUAUCAGAGCAUUGAAUCUGUGAGAAAGAUUUAUGGAGAAGACAGAGCCAAAUUUCUUACUGAAAUGCAAGUAAUCUGGAAACACUGUCUUCAUGUAUCACAGUACUUUGGUGACUUUCUUUCUCUAACUUUAUCUGCCAUACCAUAUCUUAAUAUGACUAAGCUUGAAGUUCCUAUCCUAUUGGAAGCCUAUCACCUUGUUAACUGUUGUCAAGAAUAUCCUGGAGUAAUUUCAGGCUCUGUAUUUUACAAACAAAAUGUGGUCUGUACAUACUUACCUCCUGAGAUUAUCCAGAUGUUACUUAUACUUGAGUAUAUAAAUAAGAAGGUUCACACAGUUAAUACACUCGGACAUUUAACAAUACCUCCUGGUGUCAGCCUCAUACAAGUCUACUUGACCAGAGAUCAACUAAUAAGUGUCUUAACGAAUGUUUACAAAGGUUAUUCUGCAUGUUCCAAAAUGAUGGACCACAGUAAAUCCCAAGUAAACAAUGUUACAUCAAAAGAAUCAACUUUGAGAAAUAAAGAGUAUGUGUCAUAUAGUGACAGUGAACUUAAGAACAACAAUGCCAGCUAUAAGUGUACUAAGAAAUUUUCAGCAUCCUGUUUAUCAAAACAUUUAUCUUUAAGAGACAACCAUGUUAAGUGUUGGAGUGAUAUCUCCGGUCUCUACAGUGAGUUAUAUCUCUUUAGAGCUAAAUCAGUUUCUACUAGUCUGCUUUAUGAAAAUGGUUCUUCUCAAGUUGCUGUGGAGGCAAAAGAAAAAUCUAAACUUAAGGUCAGAUGCAAUUGUUUAGUUGAAGCUUUAAGUGCAAAACAAGAAUUUGAAUCUUUACAUCAAGAAGUCCAAAACUCACUCUCUGACCUUUCAGUAGGUCCAGUUUUAAAGUUAAAGAAGAAGCUAAAACUACAGAUCUCAGGGAAUAACCUACCAUAUAAAUCUACAUUUACAAACAAUAUAAGAAUGUCUCAAAAUUGUCACAAAAAUAAGAAGAAAAUACAAAAUUUGGAAGAGCAUCCCUUGAAUUUGCAUGUUUCAAAUAUGCCAGACCAUUCUCUCAUGUCUUCUAGACAAUCUUUGCAUCACUACGUACAGGAAAGCAAAAAUAUUUGUUGCGAGAAUCAAGACUUUCUUAAAUUAGAUACAUUGAGUGCUCAAAAGGAUGGAGCCAAAGAAAAUGUUCACAACUCUCAAGACCUUGAUGUUUGUUUUACAUGCAAUAAUUCCAGCUUUAAGACUUCAAUAACUGGAGAAACCUCUUGGUCCUACCCUCUUCUGACCACUCAUCCUCACUUAGGUUUGCAGAAGAAUUUACUUUAUCCAAUAAAGUGCAAUGUUUCUUCAGAUGUUAGUUCAUGCAUUGAUAUGGACAAAAAGAAACUGAGUUUACAACAUCUUUCUUUCAACACUUCAAAUUUUGAGUCUCCAACUUGUCUCUUGAAACGAGAGAACUCACAAACUGCUGUUCCCAAAAAAUAUGUAUCAGUAUCUUCUGGUGAGGGCAUUGACCAAGACAGUGAAAAGGAAGAGCUAUAUCCAUUGACACUAUAUAUCCAGAAGCACUGUGAAAUGGUGAUGGUUCUUCUUCUGGACCAGGAAACAGGGUUUCAUUCACAGAAUAUUCGCUCUCUGUGGAAUAUGGGUUUGAGUCACCUUGGCAACUUAGAAGUAACCUUAAAACAAAGUAUGCUAGACCAAAAUCCGAGCUUUUUCGAGAAAAAUCUCCCUUUUGAGCGUGAAGUGGUGUUUGAUAUCAUUGGAAGGAAACUAUCAGGUGAUAUAUUUAAGCUCGAUCCUAAGCAAAAAAAGGACCUUGUGUUUAGUCGCCAUGUUCAACAAAUUAGUGAGGAUUUCAGAAAAAAUCCAAACUUAUCAGAAGUCACUGUUGUUUCUUUUGAUGGAAUAUCUAUGACAGCUCAUCAGGCUUCCAAUGAACAGAUAUAUUCACAAGAUCCAGCAACUGCCUUGGGUCUUUUUUCAGUAACUACAGAUAGUUCACAUUGGCUUAACAAGUGACAAGCAAACCAAACAUAAGACUUAUUUCUCUUGUUGUUUUGAAUUCAUAGGUUGUUUUUAUUUGUAAAGGCAAAGGUGAUUUCCAAUGAGUGAUGUUGUUUUUUAUGUUAUUCACUCCUCCUAAUCUGAGUGAUUUUACAGCACUUUUGUUGCUCUUGUUAAGGGAUCAAUUUUGAAAAUAAUGUUUACAAUACAUCUGUAAAAUAAGCAAGAGCAUAAAACAAUAUGAAACUGAAAUAUUUAUUGUGUAUAUAAUUUGAAUGAACUUGUUUCAGAUGAUAGAAAAUAAAUUAUUUAAUAAAAAGUCAGGAUCAUUACACAUACUAAUAGAUAAUGGGGCUUAUUUUUAUUGAAUCUUUGUUUAUAUUUUAUGUGUGUAAAUAUUAUGUAAACUUAUCAUUUUGACAUAUAUUUUCCAAUCAAACAAUUCUUGUACUACAAGUGCUGAGAAAGUCACAACUGUGAAACAUUGACAGAAUUAAAACAUUUUAUUUUAUUAGCUGUAGGGUAAAGAUUGUUUUUCUAACUUUAUUGACAAAAUGUGUACAUAUUAUUUUACAAAUUUGCAUUGUUUCAAUCAAAUUUUGUAUAAGCUGUUGUUAUUCUUAAGGUAAACACGUAUACAGUUUUGUCGUUUUAAUUGAAAUUCUCUUGUGUUUAUUAUAUAUUUAUUUCAACUUACACCAAUAGCAUAUCCUAUAAGAAGCUCUUCCAGUGACAAGAAUUUAGUCCAUUUUACCACUUUAUGGGUUUGUCAAAGUUUGAAUAAUAUAAUGAACAAGUUAAAAAAGUAUUUUUUCUCGAUUCAUACAUGUUUUAAAUCACAAAUAGCUUUUAUCAGUUAGUGUAAAACGUUUCUAUAUACAGUCAUAUUGUUUUGAUUUACAUUUACUUCUGUCAGUAUUAUUUUGUGAUUCCUGGUAGGUACUGAGUAUAUUAUAUUCAGUAAUGCCUUAUGAAUGCACCAUUGUUUAUUUGGAAGUGAAACUGGUGUGCUGCAACCUGUGAUGAAGAUAUUAUUAAUGCAGUGAAUUCAUAGCUCUGUCUUCUGUGAUUUAUUUUAUUUUUUUUACACAUACAUAUCAGUGAGUUCUAUACUUAAUGUUAUUUGAAUGUUUGAUUCUCAAAAGGUAUAAUAACGUUUUUGAUAUGUUGGAAAUUGAGUAUUUUACUGGAUAGUUCAUUGUUUCUAGUGUUUGAUUUUACUUUUUAACAAUAUUUUUUAUAUGAUAGUGAUCUUUACACAUAUCUAAUGUCACUUGAAUUUUUGAUGAAAUGGAAGGAGUAACUUGCAUAUGUAGCAAUGUAUUCCAGGAAAUCAUAUAAUCAUGAGUGAUAAUAAGUAAAGUUUUGAAUGUGUAUAUUGGAAUAUUUUACACUAUAGAGUAGGAUUUCUUGCUACCUAGACAGUGGCGUAGCAAGAGGGGGGGCAAUAGCCGUCAGGUGCAGGUGUGAAGGGGUGCAAAAUUUCCUCUGGCCUAUAAUGCCUAUUAAUUAAUAAUUAUGCCCUCCCCUAGGA